AUGUCAGUGAAUACAGCGGAACGGACCUUCGUGGAAACAGACACACUAAAUGGGAAUUACCAUUUAUCUAUUCAGCAAUCAGAAGAGCCUCUAGGACUCUCAGACAUCUUUGUGAUGAGACAUACGAGAGACGAAUCUCUGUUACGAGAAUUAUCUUCUAGGUGCAGAGAAGGAGCUUCUGUUCACACUGCCUUACCAAGGAAUUACCAGGUUAUUAUUUUUUCCUAGCCUCACAAAACUAGACUUGAUGAAAGAUUUACGGUUUCUGUAUGUCAUAAGAUUUAGUCGGAUUGUUUAGUUUGUUUGUAAUCCACACAGUGUUUCUCAUAGUCUGUUAUAUAACUUAAUACUAGGGUGAAACCUGGAGUCGGCAGUUCUGACAAAUUGAAACCCUCAGAGUAAAUGCCCGCAGCUCUCCCUUGCUUCUCGUAAACAGGGUAAACUUUGCAACGAUUUCGUCCGCAAUAUCUUGUCUCAACGCUUGUAAGACAUUGAUUCUUGGGCCACUCGAAUAAGAAAAAAACUUGUAAUUAGAAAGCCAAAAGGUAAAAAAGUCAUAAAUAGAUAAUUAAGGGCUGUGGUCCACCGCCCCUCUUCUCAAACUCCGAACCAAAGUUUUGAGCCAUUCCGCUCUGAAUGAAAUCAUCGACCUUGCCUGUUUCCUUCAAGGAAAGCUGAUUGUUGUUAUUACUGUUUUGCAGUCUCAGUAUUCUACCCCACAAGUAACGGAACAGCAAGCGAUUGAUUCUUUACAGGAUCGUACAACUUCAGAACGGCUCUUGGCAACGUAAGCUAAGAGAGAUUUUUCAUUUUCCUUUUAGAACGCUUGAUUGGUCCACCGUACGUCUUCUUACACGGCUUUGAUCAGUCAAUCAAACUUGAGUGCAGUCUUUGUUCGUAUAUAUUAUGCUUGCUUUGCUUUGAGACUGUCCCGUCAGUCUUUUUCAAAAACACUUUUUCUCUCCUUGUCUUAACAUAAAAUAAAGUCUGAUUUUCAAUUUUAUUUAAACAGAAACCAGUUACGGGGUAGCUGAAGCAGGGUGUGUUAAGGUCAAAUCCUCCCUUACUAAAAAUCCCUAGAUCCGUCCUUGAAUAAUUAGGGAGUUUUAGCAACGGCGACGGCGACGGCAACUAUAACGCCAAAAAAAACAAUAAGUUUAUUGAGCAAAACAACUGAUAAGUUUGCACGUGCAUCACGCUUUUUUGUACAUUUCUUUGCCGUUACCACACGACUACGACGUGAAAAUACCUAAUUUCACGUUUUAUGGAGGACGUAAACAAGCGACGACGAAACUUUCUUCCCCUUUGUAAACUUCAGUUUGGCCCCCAAGAAAUCAACUCCAGGGAAAGUUGCCUACAUUAGAUAUUCUCAGCGAACUAAAUUAUAAAAUAAACGCGACAAAGUUUGAAAAAAAACGCCAAUUCAUUUUACAAGUGACGUUUUUGCUGCCGUCGCCGUCGUCGAUGCUAAAAGUCCCUUAUGAUAUCCGCCCCCCUGAUAUCAACAUACAUCAGAGACCAUGAUGGAUGUACGUGUUUGGUUUUGUACUUAGCUGUCCGCUAUCAGUAAUUUGUUCUCACAAGUUGUUUCGAUAUUGAUUGAAUUUUCAAAAUCGUUGGGUAACAACAUUCCUACUGUGGCUACUGAUUCUUAUAAUGGGCACGGGUGGAAGAAGAGAUUUCGUCUCUGUUACAAAACAGGCAGGUUUUAUUAUUUAGGGGAGGGGUGGGAUGGGAUUAACGGACAGUCAUUUCUGGUAUCAUCGCAGGCUACCGAAGGAUAGCGUUUAACCCCUAAGCUCUUCCCGUCAAAAUCAAGUUGCUUUUAUCAUUGCCUUGUCCUAGAUGUUGUGAGGAACUGAUUCUUUUCCGUUGCUUUUACCUUUUAAGAUUAAGCAGGGAACGCCUUUCAAGUCCUCCACAAGAAAGACAUGCAAAUUACGACUUCUACAGAAGGCUUCAAGGUCAGAGUUUGUCAUCUCAUCUGGGAAAUUCUGAUGAUGGUCUCAGAGCUGAUUUCGUAGCAAGGCAUACAACUGACCUUGCACUCCGGAGGGAUCUGUCUCCUAACUUCAAUACGGCUCCUAAUCCAACAGAGGUCAGUAGAGUUAGAAUAAAUUAGUAGUUGAAUCAAGGGCAACAGAUCUUCGAAGCUGCCUCCGUAGAGCUGUGUAGUGCUGUGGCCAUGGAAUUAGGUCUCAAUCAUCCCGAACAGAAAAGAAACUGUAUAUAAUUAGCGAGCAAGUUGAUUUACUAACACCAGUCUUGUUAUUGGGCUGAGCUGCUGCCAGUGAGGGCAACGCCCAAUUAAGAAUUACCUUCCACCUAUGUAGGACGGAACUCCCAUAAGGGAUUUGCGUGUCCCAUUCUCCCUUCAACGGGGCCGAGUUUUGUGGGAAGGGGACCGGUCAUUUCAGGUGCACGUGGUCUGACAAACAAGCUUGGAAGUCGAUUUGGAGCGAACACGAAAGUAGUAUGUGGAGUUAUUGGCCCUAAAUCUACGCCCUAUGAUUAUCUAUUAGUAAAUACAAUAUUCUAUAAGGUAGUUAGCCUGUGAGGGAGCUGCAGAAACAAAAGCCUGUGGAACUCUUCCCUUAAGGAAUAUUCUUCUUUGUAGAUCGCCCGUCAAAGUUUCUUUUUCUUUUUCUAAACUCAGAUACGGUCCUUUCGGAUUCAGUCCACAAAUUCUCGCCAGCAUUUGACAAACUAAAUGAAAUUGAAUAAGAUCGAUGAAGUUUGAAACAGUGCAGAUUCCUGGUUUUGUCAAUGGAACUUGGAUUCUUGAUUCCGAUCGUAAAUAGGAUUCCAAAUUCCUUGAACUGUAUUUCGGAUCAAAGCCCAGGAUUCUAGACUUCACAAGCAAAGAAUGAUUUUCCCGGAUUCCAAAAUCUGGAUUCUCUUAUGUGGGGCGGCGAUGAAGGUCGUGUCGUAAGAACUUUUACUCGAAAACGCUAUAGAUCCUUGUUAGGCUUUGGGAGGAAAUAAAUGAUGAAUUUCUGCUUUGGACAGAAUGAAGUAGUUGUAAAGGCCAAUUUUUCGUGGCCUUGAAUUUUGUCGGAGGAAACUUAAAGGUACGUUCUUUUUGUUCUUUGUUUAGAAUAACAGGCGCAAUCAACAACUCACAGAACUCACAGGACCAGGGCGUUCAACGUAA